CCUCUUCCGGGCCUCGUGCUGGUGCAGCCCUUUUCUAUCAGCAUUUCGCUGUUCUUCUCUUUUGACUCUAUACCAUCUGUAUUCUCAGCUUCAUCUUGCUCGCAUCAUCUCCUGCCUGCCAUUAUUUUUGCCUCCACGAAGGGCCAGGAUCAUCCAGAAACCCGCAAGUGGACUGAUCUGCGUCUUAACGUGGUUUAAUUUACCGUCCCCACGGCCCCGUCCGAGAAGUGAGCUCGAGAGCUGUCAGCGCGUCAGGGGCUCGACUGGCUCGAACUGGACUCUCUCGACUAGGCCCUUCCCUCGGCCUUCCGAUCGCUCCACGCCCUCUGCACUGGAGUGACGGAGUCCCUGCUGCCCCCCCCUCCUAGCCCUCCCUAAACGGGUCGACGGGUCCUACGGGGCCUCUCCUAUUCUGGCGAGAAUUCCUUUUUAUUGCAUCGUGCCCGGACUUGACGAGGGUUCUAUGACUGAUUCCCUCCCUCCCCCUCCUCCUCUUGACUUUGAUCCUCUCUACAAUCUCUCUCCCCUCCCCUCCUCCUUUCUACACCAUCACCACCACCAACUAAAAUACCAACUACUCCGUCACUCCUUACAUACUAUUCGAACCACUCUUCCCACACACCGUAUCGAUUCCAACUAAUGGGAGCAACGCGGCCUCCUUACUCGGUACAACUGCAUUCCUAGAUGCGCGUCGGCCCCAAUUGACUGCCUCCCCGAACUGUCGUGGGAUCUCCGCCCUAAAACCCCCCUCUAAUACCUCUCUCUUCAUCUGCUGGCAGACCCCAAGAGAUACCAUCCACCAUGACCGUCACAUACGACCCUCCCUCUCGGGGGACGAACGCAUCCAUGGCUAGCCUGGAAGAGCGAUUUCAGGUGAUGAAGGAAGUUGGCGAUGGUAGCUUUGGCAGUGUAGCCUUGGCUCGUGUACGGACUGCUGGUGCCCACAUUGCGCGACGAGGGACGAUGGUCGCGAUCAAAACAAUGAAGAAGACCUUCGACUCACUAGGUCCAUGUCUGGAGCUCCGGGAGGUCAUCUUCCUACGCACCCUUCCUGUCCACCCUCAUCUCGUCCCCGCGCUCGACAUCUUUCUCGACCCCCUAACCCGCAAGCUGCACAUCUGUAUGGAGUACAUGGACGGUAACCUGUACCAAUUGAUGAAGUCGCGCGACCACAAGUACUUCGAAGGCAAGCACGUCAAGAAUCCUGUCCGGGUUGGACCACAUUCACGCCCAUCACUUCUUCCACCGCGACAUCAAGCCCGAGAACAUCCUGGUGUCAACAUCCGCCCCCCCAACGACUCAACCUUCAGCCGCUACUCUAACCUCGUCACCCCUCCAUCCACUCCUCCCACCUAUACCGUGAAGAUUGCCGACUUUGGUCUUGCGCGUGAGACGCACUCUAAACAACCCUACACCACCUACGUCUCGACCCGCUGGUAUCGGGCUCCUGAAGUGCUCCUGCGUGCGGGAGUUUACUCCGCCCCCGUCGAUAUGUGGGCCAUUGGCGCCAUGGCUGUCGAAAUUGCCACGCUGAAGCCCCUGUUCCCCGGAGGUAACGAGGUCGACCAAGUAUGGCGCGUGUGUGAGAUUAUGGGUAGCCCUGGAAACUGGUACAGCAAGUCGGGCGCAAAGAUUGGCGGUGGUGAAUGGCGCGAAGGAUCUCGACUGGCUCACAAGCUGGGCUUCACCUUCCCCAAGAUGGCACCGCAUUCAAUGGACACCGUUCUCCAGCAGCCCCAAUGGCCCGCCGCGCUCGCCGAGUUUGUGACCUGGUGUCUCAUGUGGGAUCCCAAGAACCGCCCAACUUCAACACAGGCACUAAACCACGAGUACUUUGCCGAUGCGGUUGACCCAUUGCGACCCAAGUCUUCUACUUCCUCGCGCCUGCUGGGCCGCAAGCCGUCCGACCGGAGCUUCAAGUCUCCCACACUCACUCCCAGCGACUCCCCAACUCUUUCCACCAAGCCUUCGUGGUUCCGCCGUUCAUUGAUUGGCCGAUCUGACAGCCCUGUCCCGACUCUGGAUGGAGACAGUCCCGCCAGACCUCCUGCUGUCACUUACAACACUGUCCCCGAAAUCCAGCCCGUCAAGCCCCGCCCGGCGAACGCCAAGCGGGCCACCUGGGCCAACGGUGCCCCCAUGCCCAUCCUUCCUUCGAUCCGCCCCGUGUCUCCUCUCUCCAAUUCUGUGACCGCACAAGCCAAUGCCACCGUCGCGCAUGGCGAAGCAUUGAAGCCUUCCGAGGCCGACCAGGCCAAGACCAAGAAGAUUGGCCGUCAACUGUCUGUCAACUCCAAUGGCAAUCACUACUCCGAUGUGCACCGACAGGAGGCUGAGCGCAUGCUCAAUGGCUCUGGCAACACUACCCCGACCACCAAGGAGAGCUUCUUCUCGCACCUGCGCAAGCGCGCACGCCGGCUUUCUGGACGCAACCAGGCCAAUCCAACCGCGGAGGAUAUCGAGGCCAACGCUGGCUGCAAUCCCUGGUCAAACCGUUCGUCCAUGGCUCUUGAUGGAAACACCGGCGAGUCUAAGCCUCAUCACUCCGACCUGAGUGAGCUGGACAAGGCUCUCCAGAGCGUCAAGUACUCUCUAGACACCUCGUCUCUCGGCAAUGUGCCUGUGCACUUGACGGGCAGCACUGACAAUGUCACCAAGCGGCAGUCAAUGCCCACCAGUAACCCCGGCCCCAUUUCAAGUCGGACACGGCGGGCACUGCAGAUGACUAGCCACCCUGUCCACCGAUACGAGACACCAGAGGAAGAGGAUGAGCUCCUGGAUGAGGUUCUACACUCUGCUAGCAAGGCUGCCAAACGCCUUGCUCAGGCACAGUCCCUGACCUCCCAUGCUCCAGAUGGCAGCCACCGACACACUGACGGCUCGCACGCCCUCCCCAGCCCCUAUCCCACUCCUUCACCAACUGCCAAGGCCGAUGGCUACUUUGAAACCCCUGUCAAGCACAGCGUGGGCAAGACCUCCAAUGAAAACUCCAACCGCCAAUGGCCGACUCCUCCCUACGAGGAGACCGAGUGGAACAACAAGGCGACUACCCUGCACUUCCCUUCUGCGUCCAACUACAUCUAA